AUGACCAAGUCCUUCGCCCGCCCCCCAUGGGGCGUUCUGGCAGUUGGGGCCAUGAUCAUGGUCCCGUCUGCUCUUGCUGCUAUUCGCCUCGAUAUAGGCCCUCGAAACGUCCAGGUUGCCGAGAUCACACCUGGUGCCGACAUCAGACGCGACAAGCAAGAAGUUCUGUUCAACGAACCAGACUCAGACUUUGAUCUCCCGCUUCGCUGCAAGCCGGCUCAGGGCAAGCUUCUCACACUCACCGAUGACGAAAAGUGGGCUGCCUGCUGCCCGCCCGGUUCUCGACUGCUCGGCACGAUUAACACGGCGUUUGACUGCUGUGGCGAGGGUCAUGACUUGGCAGGAAGCAAAGAUACGGGAUGGACAUGUUGUCCUUCGGGCUACGAGUAUGAUGGCACCAAGUGCAAAGACCCAAAACCUCUCUGUCCCAACGGAAUGGAGCUCGUGGACGGGAAGUGUGUAUGUCCACCCGGGACUACCCAGGCUGCGGAUGGAACCUGUGAGCCAAACACGGCCAAUGGAGGUGAUGGCAAUGGGGGAAACCAGGCCGGAAAGCAUCCUUCAGGUCCUUGUUCAUCAGAAAUCUCCUCCGAUGGACAACGGCGAGUAUCUCGGUUUCAACAAGAAGUGAUCAACCCCGGUGAUCCCAUUCGCAUUCUAGACCUUCACGGUGAACCGAAUAGCGGCAAGGACCCCAACCAGUGGCUCAAUAACGCACAAAACGGAGGCCACAUUGCCCGUACACCCAAGUUUGAGGAUGCCGGCGUGUUCACAAUCAGCAAAUGGACGGAGGGCAAAUACUGCAUCUCAGGCCUGGAGACCGGCGUCGGUCCUACUUGUCCCAGUGAUAGCCCUGCCCUGACGUUCAACACCCUCGAUACUGAGAGCUGCUUACCUCUUGAGCUGGUGACGGUGCCUUGCAACAUCCGCGACCCCACCAACAACUGUUUAUGGUCGGGAAGCCAGCAAAAGCCAUGUCCCACGGGGUUUUCGUGCCUACAUAACGGACAAUCCCCCGGACAGUUUCCAAGUGGUCAAAGUCCUGGUGGCCAAAAUCCUGGUAGUCAGUUCCCAGGUGGACAGAACCCAGGUGAUCGGUUUCCUGGUGGCCAGAACCCAGGUGGUCAGUUUCCCGGCGGUCAGAACCCAAGUGGUCAAAACCCAGGGGGACAGAAUCCCGGUGGUCAGUUUCCUGGUGGCCAGUUUCCUGGUGGCCAGUUUCCUGGUGGCCAGUUUCCCGACGGACAGAACCCUGGUGACCAGUUUCCUGGUGGCCAGUUUCCCGACGGACAGAACCCUGGUGGACAAAAUCCUGGAUGCCGCCCUCCUCCGACUGGGACACUUACGCCGGGAGUUGGCGCAACUCCGACCUGCCCGCCUGGACAGCCAUGGAAGAAUGGAACCUGUGUUAUCACCAUCACCGAUUGUGCUGACCGGGCUCAUCCCGAGUUUGGCGAUACGUCGUAUAAUCCGGCGAACUUCCCCUGUUCCAUUGGUCGGGAGCGUCCGUGCCGUGGUGAGCAAGUUCAAGACUGGAAGCCAGCCAACCUUCCUUGGACUGGCACUUACCGCCAGCCUGGACCCCCUCAGCCUUAUGAAACGACGAUCAACUUUGACUUUGAUGUCGUAAUGAGUAUUGUCGAUGUCGAAACCCAGAGCGAGCACUUUUUGGUUAACCUUGACGGCACGUUUUGGGGCGAGACAGGGGGUGAGCGAGGGUACAAGAAUCAGUAUAUCGGCAACUAUAAUGACCCAGAGUGGUGUCUUUUGAAUGGAUAUACAAGAGGAUAUUUCUUGAUUCCGAAGGGGCAACACACUUUGACCAUUGAAUGGCCUCAGGGAACGGGCAAGUACCAAAAUGAUGGGGGCGGUAACUGGUGGUACGGCAUUGCACGCUACCGGUUCGACAAGCUGUGCGAUCCCAGCAGGUGUCUACCUGAUUGCGCUGUUGAGAAGGAGAAGGAGGCUCAACAGUUGAGAUUGCAGCUGCAGAGAGAAGGGAAGUGGCCAUCUGUUGCAAGCUCGCAGGGAAAGCAGUGGGGUUACUACGAUCAGAAGGUCGUGGCCUGA